GCUGAACCCGAAGAACGUGCAUCAGCGGCCCACGGUAGCCCUGCUGUGCGGCCCCCACGUGAAGGGGGCCCAGGGCAUCAGCUGUGGACGGCACCUCUCCAACCACGAUGUCCACGUCAUCCUUUUUCUACCCAACUUUGUUAAGAUGCUGGAAUCCAUCACCAAUGAGCUGAACCUUUUCAGCAAGACGCAAGGCCAGCAAGUGUCCAGUGUCAAAGAUCUCCCAGAUACCCCUGUGGACCUGGUGAUCAACUGCCUGGAUUGUCACGAAAAUGCCUUUUUGAGAGAUCAGCCUUGGUACAAAGCAGUUGUGGACUGGGCUAACCAGAACCGGGCCCCCGUCCUCAGCAUAGACCCUCCGAUAAACGAGAUGGAGCAGGGCAUUGAUGCCAAGUGGUCGCUGGCUUUGGGCCUGCCCCUGCCUCUGGGUGAGAGGGCAGGGCGCGUGUACCUCUGUGACAUUGGCAUUCCCCAGAAGGUCUUUCAAGAAGUGGGAAUAAACUACCACUCGCCCUUCGGCUGCAAAUUCGUCAUCCCCCUGCACUCCACUUAGAGCCCGUCCAGCCGCGUGGCUCUGAAGGGAGAGAAGAGAGGAGGAGGAGGAGGAGGAGAUCUGUCAAAUAAGCUGUCCAGUGGAUCCUGACUUGUAAACUCGUGACGCCUUAAGGAUGUGAGGUUCUGGAGUUUUCCUUUCCAGAAGAAACAUUAUUAAAAAAAAAAGGAAUAAUCAUAAAAUGAAACAAAAAAAAAAAAAGAAAAAGAGGAGGAAGCGAAUGUUCCUGCAAAGCCGUUUUCAUUCUCUUGUGCCAUUGUAUGAAGGAACGUGCAGGAAGGUGCUGGCUGU